AUGUUCGCCUCACUCGCCCGCGCCUCUGCGCCCUCAGUGGCCGAAUCAAUACAAAGACUUCUCCCCAAACAGCUUCCCCCUUCGCUCUCGCCAAAAUCCGGAAACCUUUAUGAAGUCCUGUCCCGAACACCAACAGGCGGCGUUGGCAAAAAAGUCUACCAAACUCGCUGGCGACAGAAAGACAUUAAGGACUCGUAUUGGGUGGUUACGAGGUCGAAAUUCAAAUGUGAUGGUCAGCAUGGAAAGGCCUGGGGCGUGCUUUAUUGGAAAGGCAAGCAAGUGAGCCCCAAGGAGGAGGUCAUUCGUGGAGGCUUGAAGUAUUCGUGGAAGGAAGGCAGCUCCUAA